ACACCCUAAGACCCAAUCAACGACCUCAGAAAUCAGAAUAAACUCUCAAUAGAAUAGGUGUGGGUUGAACCAAUGAGAUAACCUUAUCCGUCAAUUUCCAAUAGAGAAGCUGCCACAUCAGAUGCAUGCAAAUAUGCAGAAAUUUUCCACCUCUCAUUCCAUGCCUGCCUCCUUCACCUUUCCACUCAAAGCAAAACUCAAAAUCAUACCAAACCCAUUUCCUCACUAUACACUAAGCUUCGAGCAAGUUAAUAUCUAGCAGAGUAAAAGAAAGAUCCUAUAGGAAAAAAUGGCUUCCACUUCUGCAGUUUCAAUGUCAAUGCCACUAACAUACACCUACCAGAAGAGGGUGGUGAAUAGCUCUGAGGUAUUCUUCAAUCCAUUGCCUCUACGGUCUUCAAAGGCUAUAACAACGUCAAAACGCAGUGGAAGAUUUCAAGUCAGGGCCUCCAUGAAGGAAAAAGUUGUGACAGGACUCACAGCAGCAGCAUUGACAGCUUCAAUGGUGGCUCCUGAUGUGGCUGAAGCAGCUGUUUCACCUUCUCUCAAGAACUUCUUGCUCAGCAUCGCGGCUGGUGGAGCCGUGGUUCUAGUUAUCAUUGGUGCUGUCGUUGCUGUAUCCAAUUUCGAUCCUGUCAAGCGACGCUGAAAGUUUUCUGUUGUGCUGCCUAGCCCCUAGCCUUUUGAUCCUCCUAUCAUGAUAUGUAUCUGUAAAGUUCUUCAGUAAUGAAUUGAACUCUCUGUAAACUAA